CUAUCGGCCAUUAUUCGGCGAGACGUAAGCUUGCAGCUGGCAUUAGGUGGUGUACGAUCAAGAUUGGUGCCGCUAGCAAGCUCUCGCUCAAAAAUUUCCCAGGGAAGCAGCAAUGGCCGACAAGGAACCUCUGUACACUCCCUUCUUCGGCGUCAUGGGAGCCGUUGCAGCUAUGGCGUUUAGCGCACUGGGAGCUGCCUAUGGUACAGCAAAGUCUGGCACAGGCAUUGCAGCCAUGUCUGUGAUGCGGCCAGAGCUCAUCAUGAAAUCCAUCAUUCCAGUGGUCAUGGCGGGUAUCAUUGCUAUCUACGGCCUCGUCGUUGCUGUGCUUAUCUCCAGUACCAUCAAGCCAGACUACAAAUUAUUUUCUGCGUUCCUGCACCUGGGAGCUGGACUGAGUGUAGGGCUGAGCGGAUUGGCGGCCGGCUUUGCUAUUGGCAUCGUUGGGGAUGCCGGCGUUCGUGGUACGGCGCAGCAGCCCCGGCUGUUUGUGGGCAUGAUUCUGAUCCUCAUUUUCGCCGAAGUGCUCGGGUUGUACGGUCUCAUCGUGGCUUUGAUCAUGUACUCCCGCGGUUGAGCACUAAUUUGCGAUGCCAGCCCCCCCCCCCCACCCCCCACCCCCUCUACAAACCAACACCAUCGCCCCUCCCAUCCCUGCCCGCCAUCAAGCCUCGCUCCCCUCCAGUGCCAGCAUUGUGCCCGAUGUCGCAUGUCUUAAAAUGGUACCACACCCAGUCCCUAGAGCUCCACUUGGCUAAGCAAGAAGAAAAGAGGUGUAGACAGUCUUUAUUUCCCUCCCCCCAGUGUGACAGUUCUUGCAGCCCUGAAUCCCACUGUCCGAGCAUGUAUGGCAGAGCCUUGUCCACCAUCUGUUUUUUGCACAUUGCCCUGUAAUGUUUCACUGCAGGUGGCGUGCGCGUGUCGGUGUAUUUAUUGAAGUUUACGAAACUUUUGUUUCGUUUCAUUAAGUCGUUUACAGGCACCAUUUCUGAUUUGAAUGCUUCCUGCAUGCACAUAUUCGUUUUCUCGCUCAUGUCACACUUGCUGUGCUUGCUGGUGUCGUAUCUGCAUUCUGAGAACGCCUUUUUUCUUUCUCCUACACCUCUCUGCUUGCACCUACUAGACGUUGAGCAAAUGGAUGUGCAGAGCUCACUUGUGGAUCGCUGGCCAGUCAUUGUCUGUUGCUCCUUUGUGUGGGAACUUCCGUGCUGCCAGUUUUAAUUUGGCAACCAUCUACUGUGUCUGGCUGUCGGGUUGCAGACAUUCCAAAGAGAGCUAGCCCAAUUUUUAUGCCCUGUGGAUCCAUUUGAUGCCUCCCCCCCCCAUUUGUUUUACUUGUUAACAAAUGGUGAUACUACAUGUAGUUGGCUCACCCUGUUACCUGUUCAAUCUUUUUAAUUGUGCUGCUUUACAGAACAAUCUUUUAAAGCUGGCUGCAACAAAAGAUUGCCAGCUGUCAUGCCGUGAGCCGUCGGCAUUCACUAGAUGUAAUAGCUGAAGCAACAUGUGCUGGUCAGUGUUAGUGGGAGAAAAUGUGGCAUGGUUAGGCAGUGCAGCACUCUGCAGCCAGCCUGCAACUUCGAACUUCCAGUCAAAAGCACUCAACCAGAUGUUGGCUUACAGCUGGAAAAGGCAGUUAGCAAAUUUAAGGGCAUGUAAAAUGUGUGUGUGUGUGUGUAGCAACACAUAUUCACUAGAAUGAAAUAGAUGGUGCACAUUUACAAAUGCUAUCUGGAAAAAUGUCCUCAAAGGGAAUAUAGUGCACUCUUUCCUGCCACUAAUCAUGCAGUGCGCUUGAGCAAGUGGCAGGCUGUCUUUUAACUGACGGAUUUGCUGAAGUUCACUCGGCUGAGUGCAACAAACAGAAAUGGCGAUAAACAUGUUUUCCCUGCAAGCUAUCUACAGGAGGCCCACUGGAGACCCACUGCCUUUAUGCCCAGAUGAGUUUUCGAGUGAAGGUUAUAAAAUGCAGGUUGCACUCUAUGUAUACGUGGCCGACAUGGGGGCAUCCAUACCUGUUCACAUGUGUAGGAUUCUUUCAAUAUCGACUGCCACUGGAUUGCAAAUGUGAGGUUUUAGUAAGUUGUUGUGCGCUAGCAUUGUUGGACCGAGCCUCUACUUAUGUCCUACUAAACAAGCAUGCGCCCUCCUGUUGUUUCUCUGCUGCCAUGGGUGCUGCUGCGACAGUGCUGAAAACAGUGCCAGCAUGUUAACAUUGGAAGAAAAAAGAAAACAUGGCACUACCCGCACAUGCUUUUGAAAUAUAGAUGUCUGCAUUACGACUGUAACCAGUUUUUCUGUGUAAAUACAUUGGUAGUACUGUGAUCUGGUGAGCGCAUGUAUGUUUAACCGAGCUGUAAACAGAAAUUUUCAUCUAGGUAUUGUCCUGCAUUAGCUACACAUCUGUUGACGUGACUGUUUUGGAAGUUGAUUCAUUUCGUGUUUUUUUUUUCUCCAAAAUGUUCUGUUGGCAGGUGGUAUGAAGUGGGUUCAAUUCCCUGUAAUAUAGUAGUGGUGUAUGUGUAUGUAUGUAUAUAUGUGUCAUAUACAUACUUUGCGGUUACUCUAUUUCUUUUUCUGAAGAAUAAAGCUUUUUUUUUUGUUCAAAA